GUUCCUUCUCCGGCGUCCCCAUGUAGCUAGGAAGUGGAACCUGGGGGUAGUGGGACCCCUGGGAUCCUGAGAGAGGGGCGCGGAGGACGCAGGACUCCGCUUCUGCUCCUGCUACCCGGGACGCGGUUGCUCAACCUCACCCCUCCAGCUGCCAUGCACCCUGUGGUCUUCCCGCUUCCUGUGGUUGUGGCCACUGUGCUGUGGGGAGCGGCCCCCAUCCGAGGGCUCAUUAGAGCGACCUCGGACCACAACGCCAGCAUGGACUUUGCAGACCUCCCAGCUCUCUUUGGGGCUACCCUGAGCCAGGAGGGACUCCAGGGGUUCCUUGUGGAGGCUCACCCAGCUAAUGCCUGCAGCCCCAUUGCCCCACCACCCCCAGCCCCGGUCAACGGGUCAGUCUUUAUUGCACUGCUUCGAAGAUUCAACUGCAACUUUGACCUCAAGGUCCUAAAUGCUCAGAAGGCUGGCUAUGGUGCAGCUGUGGUACACAACGUGAAUUCCAAUGAACUUCUGAACAUGGUGUGGAAUAGUGAGGAAAUUAAGCAGCAGAUCUGGAUCCCGUCUGUGUUUGUUGGAGAGAGGAGUUCUGAGUACCUGCGUGCCCUCUUUGUCUACGAGAAAGGGGCUCAGGUGUUGCUGGUUCCAGACAGUAGCUUCCCCUUGGGCUAUUACCUCAUCUCCUUCACAGGGAUUGUGGGACUCUUGGUUUUGGCCAUGGGAGCAGUGAUGAUAGUACGUUGUAUCCAGCACCGGAAGCGGCUCCAGCGGAAUCGACUGACCAAAGAGCAACUGAAACAGAUUCCUACACAUGACUAUCAGAAAGGAGACCAGUAUGAUGUCUGUGCCAUCUGCCUGGAUGAGUAUGAGGAUGGGGACAAGCUGAGAGUGCUCCCUUGUGCUCAUGCCUACCACUGCCGCUGUGUGGACCCCUGGCUCACUCAGACUCGGAAGACCUGCCCCAUCUGUAAGCAACCUGUCCAUCGGGGCCCUGGUGAAGAUGAGGAGGAAGAAACUCAGGGGCAAGAGGAGGGUGAUGAAGGGGAGUCAAGGGACCACCCUGCCUCAGAACGGACCCCACUCCUAGGCUCUAGUCCCACACUCCCCACUUCGUUUGGCUCCUUAGCACCAGCGCCCCCUGUUUUUCCUGGGCCCUCCACAGAUGCCUCACCCUCUCCUUCCCCCUCUCCUUCAACUGUCAUCCUGGUCUAAUACUCAUUCCUUCAUAUCACUGGUGACCUAUUUGCACACCCCCAGCUCCUCCCCUCUGGUCUUAUGUUGGGGGUUUGGGGUUAUUCCAGCCCCAGGUUUCUCAUUUAUCCAACCCCAUCCUUUUUAGGGUAUUUGGGGGGAUACAAAGGGACUGGGUCUUUACUUCUCGGGUUAAUAAAAUUGUUUUUCUGGA